GCUGCGUAGAUUUGUUGUUGUCACGUGAUAGCUGACUCAACGCCACAAACUUUUAUGGUAGUCACUAGUAAGUGCUAGAAAUGAUGAAACACCGAGAAACACUCUACUGACGUGUUACUAAGAUGUAUAUGAGUAGAUUCAGAUACGUCUUAGAGCGUUAAAUCGUUUGAAGCAGCCUCAAUGUAACAUUAAAACCCAUGGUUAAAGUUAGCGUUAGCAUUAGCAUUAGUAAAGCGUCAACGACAGGAGGAACAGGUGUGUGAGCUUCCCGAUAGCCGACCGAACUGACAGCUGUUUCCAGUAUGCGGAACAGACAGAGGGGAUCCCAUCUGGGCUUGAUGCUCCUGGCCUCCCAGGUGUUUCAGUUGGGUCUGGACAACAUUCCCCCAGUCACCCUGGCUGUCCUGGGACUCAACGUGUUCCUGUACUUGUUCCCUGCAGCACCUCUGAUGAAGGCCUGUGUGAGUGUCCAGCAGGCAUACUGGUUUAACGACUGGCGCCGCCUGCUGCUGUCCCCGCUGCACCAUGCUGAUGAUUGGCAUCUCUACUUCAACAUGGUGUCUUUCCUCUGGAAAGGUACCAAGCUGGAGCGACGGCUGGGAGGACCCUGGUUCCUUUACCUGCUGUCGGUCUUCUCUCUGCUCACGGGAUUGGUCUAUCUGCUGCUGGAGGCAUUGUUAACAGAGCUCACCCAGGACCAGUCCUACAGCAUGACCUGUGCUGUUGGCUUCUCAGGAGUGCUGUUUGGUCUGAAGGUGCUCAGUAACCAUUACAACCCGGGAGGUGUGACCUAUGUGAUGAGUUUCCCUGUGUCUAAUCGCUAUGUUAGCUGGGUGGAGCUAGUGCUGAUCCACCUUACAUCACCUGGGACCUCUUUUGUUGGUCACCUGGCAGGUAUCCUGGUGGGUCUACUCUACACUUCUGGACCACUGAAGGCCAUCAUGAAAAAAUGUGCAGAGUUUGUGACGUCAAAUGGCUAUAACUCCUGGCCCGGUGCACACUACAACUCUUCAGGCUCUUCAGGCUACAGUGGCACUGGUGGAGGAUACUCAGGAUACCAACAGCAUCCACCAGGUUACACAGCAAGUCAUCAGUAUCCACCAGGUUACACAGCAAAUCAUCAGUAUCCACCGGGUUACGAAGCAAAUCCUACAGCAUCUUACACUGGUGGAAUGACAGAGGAAGAGCAGAUAGAGGCGGCCAUUAGGAACAGUCUGAAUGACAGAGGUCAAAGCAGCCAGAGAGGAGCUCCUCCUCCCUAUGGUUUCCACCUCUCUGAGGAGGCUACAGCUGAGGAUAUCAGGUUGAGGAGACUGAGGAGGUUUGACAGCUGAACUGCCAGGCAGCUGAGGGGAAGAAGGUGUAUUUGACGAGACAGAAGAGGAGUUUCUUCCUGAAGCCUGGUCCAAACUCUGCUUCACAGGCUGAAUGAGAAGGUCCAACCGCACAGUCUUACACUCACAGCAACUCUUUCACUGUGUGGUCCUGUGUGCCUCCACCUAAGUCUUUACCAAAGAGUUCAUGUUAGCUGUGGAGCUGCUUCAAUGUGAAUACUUAAGAGAGUUCAUAGGCCUAUAUGAGCAGGUUAGGGUGGGCAGAUCUGUCAGCUUCAGAUUGGGAAAUUUAGAGGAAAGUUCAGGAGCACUUCACCUGCAAAAUGACCAUUUGUAUAUCUAUCACGCACCACUUGUUACCAUGAAUUUGUGUUUUUGUGGCAUGCCUUCACAUUGAGCAGAGAAUGCAAAAAAGGUGAACAUUCUUCAUGAAUUGAAGAAAUGGGGACCGCUUUACUUAUCCCGUUGUAUGCUCAGUACUUCUCAAACAGGUGCAUUUUUGCUAAAACAUUAAGGAUAUAAAGCAUCAGUACAAACAGUCUCAUAUACAGCUGAGUAGUGUGCCUGGGCAUAGGUGUAGUUUGAACCCUGUUUUAAGUAGAGCUCAUGCACACGCACCUGCUCAGGGCGAGCCACUCAUAGGCAGAAGUCUUUUAUAUUGUUAACGACUGGAUAAGUGACACUUUGAUUAUACUGUAUGAGUUGCGUGAGAGUUGUAAACAGAUGUUUUGAUAUAAAUUUGCAGUUGUUAAACGUGGUCCUUAAUGUCUGCAGUUCAUAAAGAAUGUUUGCUUUUUUUGGACUCUCCAUCCACCAUGAAGGCAUGCGAGAAAAACAGUUUUCUCAGGAAUUCAGUGUAACACAUGGUGAGCAAUUGAUAGACAAAUGGUCAUUUUGCAGGUAUUCUUUUAAUGUUCAGAAUAUUUUUAAAUGCUACUAUUUUUAUAUCUUAAAGUUUAUUGUAUCUCAAACAAGCAAACUAAUAUGUAACCCAAAUGCUGUAUUGUUAAAACAUUACAGAUGCUUUGAAUGUUAGAAAGCAAAGGAGUUCUCUUUCAUUAAAACAUGCUGUUUAUUAACUUAAA